GGUCUUGCAUGUCGGCCAGGAAUAACUAUUGUACCGGACCAUGGUAAAAUAUGGUGAAGUAGUCAUAAUUUUAGAGUGUAGUUCUCUUCGUAGAGUAGGGUAUAUAGCCGAAGACAAAUAGCUAUGGAAAUAUCGGCAAGUCAACAAAUCAUUUCGUCAUGUUCAGGGGCAAUUCUCACAUCAUUGCUCAUGACUCCUUUUGAUGUGAUCAAAGUAAGAUUGCAGGCACAAGCUCGUAGUGCAAGUGGAAGUACAGAACGAUGUAUGAUUUGUUUCAAUGGGCUGAUGGAUCAUGUUUAUUUUUGUCCAACUGGUAAAUACUCAGUAUGCCCGAAUGCGAACAAGAAUUUUACGUCGACAUGGGAUGCAUUAGUGCGAAUUGUGAGAUAUGAAGGUGUAUCAGCUUUGUGGGGUGGUUUACCAGCAGCUUUGGUAAUGUCUGUUCCUGCAACUAUAAUAUAUUUUACUGCCUAUGAUCAGCUGAAAGUCAUGUAUGGUUUCAAACAAGGGGAGAGGAAUAUUUACUCGCCAAUGUUAUCUGGAAUUACCGCAAGAGCUAUUGCCUCCAGUUUCGUAUCUCCAAUUGAAAUGUUGCGCGUAAAAUUACAAUCUAAGAAAGAAUUUAAAUAUAGAGAACUUGGUAGCGUUGUCAGAACAGCUGUAAGGCAGGGUGGAGUUCGUUCCCUAUGGCAAGGGCUGGGCCCUUCACUGCUUAGAGAUAUACCUUUUUCAGCUUUGUAUUGGUUUGGUUAUGAAUACUUACGAGCACAACAGAAAGACCCGUCACUUCAACACAUAUGUCUGUCUGGAGGUACCUCAGGAGCAAUCGCUGGUAUUCUGACGCUUCCCUUCGAUGUUGUAAAGACUCAUCGUCAGAUAGAACUUGGUGAAAGCAAUUUUGAUCCGACAAAGAGAUAUCCUUCCACGUUUUCAUUGUUGCUUAAACUUCGGAAGGAGCAAGGAACUGGUGCUUUAUUCACAGGGAUAACAGCUCGGGUCGCUAAAGUUGCCCCGGCAUGUGCUAUAAUGAUUACCUCAUAUGAAUAUGGGAAAGCCUUCUUCAGGAAGAGAAACGAAGUUGCAACUGCAAAGCAGAUAUAUGGCUAGUUAGAAAUAUAAUUUAUAUUU